CAAUCCGUCUCCGCCGUUGAAUGGACGGUGUUUGACACCUUAAGCGAGAGGAAUACUACCUAUCUACCGGGGGUGAGGUGCUGGUGGAGGGGGAGGUCUUCAGAGGCAGACAGGUGGAUUUAUCCGUGUGGUGGUGGUGCUUUUGGGGGGACUGGAUGGAGGAGAAAUUGUUGGAUUAAUUUGACGGAGGAGAGUCUUAUGUGAUUCCCACUCCUGCCGAGGGCACCCGAAUGGAGUAACAGGCUGCAAUGUCAUCUCCACCUGGCCGCCUGGAGAGAUGUGUCACGGGAAUGGGAUCAAGUUUGAACACUUUUCCUCUGAUUUCACUGACGCUGUGAGAAGGAACCAAAAUGCCAGUAAAAGGACAGGUCAUGGUGGCUGCCUGCACGGGCCCUCAGACCACGGCAGUAAAACUCAACAUUCAUCGCACGGACUCCGAAGAAGAAGGCGCAAAACCUCCACGACCGCAAACCUGCAGCAGCCACGCUUUGUGACACCGAAGGGUAUGAUGGGUGUAGUGGGCUGGAUGUUGCUCCUACUCUCCCAGAUGAUGGUGCCUGCGGUGUCCCAGAAGCUUCCAGGUCUCAAUGUGGGUGUGAUCAUGGGCCAGACGCGCCACCUUUCCGAUCAAGAGCUUCGCCCAGCUCGGCGCCCCGAUGACGCGCUUGACGUCACCGUGGUGAUACUGAGGAUCAACCAGACGGACCCAAAGUCUGUCAUUACACAGGUGUGCGAGCUUCUGUCACGCACUCGUCUCCAUGGCCUUGUGUUUGCCGAUGGCACCGAUCAGGAGGCCAUUGCUCAGAUCCUUGACUUCCUCUCCGUUCAGACGCAACUCCCAGUCCUGGGAGUCUACGGAGGCUCCUCUAUGAUUAUGGCUGACAAGGAUGAGAAGUCCACGUUCUUCCAGUUCGGCGCAGCUCUGCAGCAGGAGGCUCUGCUCAUGCUUUCCAUCAUGGAGGAGUAUGACUGGCAUGUUUUUUCUAUCGUCACUUCCAAGUUCCCCGGGUACCAGGAUUUCAUCAGCACACUGAAGAUAACUGUGGAUCACAGCUUUGUGCGCUGGGACCUGCAGAGUGUGGUGACUCUAGAUGCUGUAGAUGGAGACCCAAACUCUAAAUCACACAUUGCCCUCAAGAGGAUCCAGAGUCCCGUCAUACUGCUGUACUGCUCCAAGGAUGAGGCUGUGUAUAUACUCGAGGAAGCUCGAUCCUUGGGCCUGAUAGGAGCUGGUUACAUUUGGAUUGUGUCCAGCCUCACCACUGGCAACCCAGACUUUACCCCCGAGAUGUUUCCCCUGGGUAUGAUCUCCGUUUCCUAUGAUGACUGGGAGUACCCGCUGGACACGCGCGUGCGAGAUGGGGUGGGCAUCAUUUCCUAUGCAGCCACCUCCAUGCUGCGAGAGAAGGGGGAGCUACCAGAGGCCCAGGGCAGCUGCUACAGCACACCGUCAGACAGGAGCCCGGGGAAGCUCCCACCCAGCGCCCUGCGCAGACACAUGAUGCAUGUAUGGAAUGAUGGACGCGACUUGUCCUUUACUCCAGAUGGUUACCAGGCCAACCCCAAAUUGGUUGUCAUCGUCCUGAAUAGUGAGCGGAACUGGGAGAAGAUGGGCCGUUGGGAGAACGGGACGCUAUCGUUGAUGUUCCCGGUGUGGCCGAGGUAUAACUCCCACGGGGACGAGGAUGCAGAUGAAAAUCAUCUCUCUAUCGUCACCUUAGAGGAGAAACCUUUCGUCAUUGUCGACAAUGUGGACAUCCUCACCGGCACCUGCAUGAGAAACUCUGUGCCCUGCCGCAAGCAUGUCAAAGAUAACAGCACAUCAGGAGGUUCCUACAUUAAGCAAUGCUGCAAAGGUUUCUGUAUUGACAUUCUGAAGAAGAUAGCAAGGAACGUCAAGUUCACUUAUGACCUCUACCUGGUCAUAAAUGGAAAACACGGCAAGAAGAUCAACAAUGUGUGGAAUGGCAUGGUCGGAGAGGUGGUGUACAAGAAGGCGAUAAUGGCGGUCGGUUCAUUGACCAUCAAUGAGGAGAGGUCAGUGGCCAUUGACUUCUCCGUGCCCUUUGUGGAGACUGGCAUCAGCGUCAUGGUGUCGCGUAGCAAUGGGACCGUCUCUCCUUCUGCCUUCCUCGAGCCCUUCAGUGCAUCAGUCUGGGUGAUGAUGUUUGUGAUGCUGCUCAUUGUCACAGCCAUCGCCGUCUUCCUCUUUGAGUUUGUCAGUCCACUGGGCUUCAAUCGCAACUUGGCCCAAGGCAAAGACCCACAUGGUCCAUCAUUCACCAUCGGUAAGGCCGUAUGGCUGCUGUGGGGUCUGGUGUUCAACAACUCUGUGCCUGUGCAGAACCCAAAGGGCACCACCAGCAAGUUCAUCGUAUCAGUGUGGGCCUUCUUCGCUGUCAUCUUCCUGGCCUCCUACACUGCCAACCUGGCUGCCUUCAUGAUCCAGGAAGAGUUUGUGGACCAAGUCACUGGACUGUCUGACAAGAAGUUCCAGAGUCCAUACUCCUAUUCACCUCCUUUUCGCUUCGGUACAGUUCCUAACGGCAGCACCGAGCGCAACAUCAGGAAGAACUAUCCAGACAUGCAUCAAUACAUGACCAAAUACCAUCAGACUGGCGUCACAGAUGCGCUGGUCACCCUCAAGACUGGAAAGCUGGAUGCUUUCAUUUACGACGCCGCGGUGCUGAACUACAUGGCGGGCAGAGACGACGGCUGUAAGCUGGUAACCAUCGGCAGCGGUUACAUUUUCGCCACCACUGGUUACGGUAUCGCUUUACAGAAAGGAUCCUACUGGAAGCGCCUGGUUGAUCUGGCCAUACUGGGCAUCAUAGGAGAUGGUGAGAUGGAGGAGCUGGAGGCGCAGUGGCUGACUGGGAUCUGCCACAAUGAGAAGAACGAGGUGAUGUCCAGCCAGCUGGACGUAGACAACAUGGCGGGCGUCUUCUACAUGCUGGCCACAGCCAUGGGCCUCUCCAUCCUCACCUUCAUCUCUGAACACCUUUUCUACUGGAGGCUGAGAUACUGUUUCACUGGUGUCUGCACUGGGAGGCCGGGUCUGCUCUUCACUAUCAGCAGGGGUAUUUGGAGCUGUAUCCAUGGCGUUCAUAUAGAUAUGAAGAAAAAGAAUCCUGAGCUGGACUUCAGUCCUCAAGCCAACAUGUUGCAUCUGCUCAAGUCUGCCAAGUCCAUGGCUUUGUCUUCUCCUAAACGCAACACUGUCCUCUUGCAGCCCAACAUCCUAGAUGUGAUGACGGGGAAAGGUAACUCACUCCACAGUCUGCCCCCGAAGGGUCCUGGUCUCUAUAGCAACGCCGCUGGUCCGCACAGUUUCUUGUCACUGUCCGGGCGACACAAAAACCUCCUUAACAAUGCUGCGCCAUUCCCCGUUCAACAAAAAGCCCCCCCUCUUCAAACCAGCCCCAACAAGCCUCAGCUGUCAAUCACAAAUGACAACGGCAAGACUCGCCCCACCGGGUUGGCCCUCGCUGCUGUUCCACAGGGCUCAAAACCUCGAGCCCUGUGGAAGAAAAGUGUGGAGACAUUGAAGACUCAGCCCACUGUCGUAUCUCCAGGCCCAAGCCCCACCCCGGCUGCUGGACCCGGACCUCCACAAAUGAAGAGCCAGCGUUACCUGCCUGAAGAGCCGCCACAUUCUGACAUCUCCGAGUGCUCCAGCCGGCCGCCAUCACACAAAGAUUCUGAUUCGAUGGCGGCGAGGGGCGGAUUCAAGCCUAUUAAUCAGCUGAGGAAGAGGGCAGGGGCUGGAGGGGCAGGAGGGGGGGGAGGAGGAGGAAGCGGGGGUGGAGGAUCCAAGAUCUAUUCCAUUGACUCAGACCAGGCCAGUCUGCAGUCCGCUUCCCCCUACCAGCGAGACAGCCAGGGGGGAGGUGACGACCACAGUUACCCCCCUGACCUGUUUCCACCUGACAGCACAUACUCACACACUCACACACUCUCCCACCAGGCGGACGCACCCAUUUUGCAGCUGAGUGCCAGCCUGCUGCACCACAGUCACAGUGCAGAGGCCGACCUGCACUCCCUGAAGGACAAGAAGUACAGCACCUACACACACAGCAGUGCGAAGGACAAAGCUGGAGGUUCAUUCGAAGCUCCAGGUGCAGGUCAGGGGACCCAGAGCGUCAGGCCCGGCCACUGUCGCUCCUGCCUGACCAAGCUGAGCGGUUACUCCGGCCUUUACACCGUCCGCUCACCACAGGCCCGCUGUGAUGCCUGCGCCCACCUGGGAAACCUUUAUGACAUCAGCGAAGACCACCUGCACUCUCACUACUCCCACACACACACUCACCCACACAGCGGGGACAUGUUUACACACUACCUUCCCCAGAGCGAGCUGGGCCUGGUGGGUGAAGGGGACGGGCUCGUCAGCCACUUUGAGCCCUCUCCUUCCUCCCCGUCUCCUCUUCCCACCUCGUUGUCGGCCCAGCACCUUCAGCUGAGUCGUCAGCACUCUUAUGAGAACGUGCUUCCGGACGACAUUCCCGAGCGGCAGUCGCAGCUGCACGCCCACCUGCGGGGGCUGAGCCUGCCUGACAGAGAUAGGGAGAGAGAGCUGACCCUGGACGAGGGGGCCUAUGCUAAUGUUCUCACAAUGCGCUCUGAUCGUCCAUUCAGCAGCCGCAGCCCGCCCUCUCCGUCACCCUCCCACCACCACAGUCUGGACGCCCCUAUGCCGCUCCCCCGGCGCUCAAAGAGUCUCUUCCCCGAUCGGCCCUCUCACAACCCUUUUCUCCAGUCAGCUCCUGGCACCACACAACGAGACCACUCCCCACAGGCUGUGACACGCAUACCGCAGAGAAGUUCCGCCCACGAGCUCUAUAAGCAGCGAAUGCCGCUGUCGCUUACCCUCGGUAACCAUGGCAGCCAUCACAACAACCAGCAUGGCGGCCUUGUCGACCAACAGGUGUUCUACCCUCAACAGGAGCCCCCCGUGGUGGCCUACAUGGUCCCACCUGCCGCCUCUCAGCCAAUGAGCUAUGUGACAGCGCCGCGAGCCUCGAGCGCAGGCGGCAACAGGCCCCGGCUCUACCGCCGCAUGCCCAGCAUCGAGUCUGACGUCUGAGACUCGCACGCAACACACUUAUCUCACUGAAACACAUUAACACACACGCAUGCAAGACAGAGGUGUGUGUGACCGGACCAGGCAGCUCUGAUUCUAAGCACAUACACAGAGAGACACACACACACACACACACACACACACACACACACAGGUGAAAGACGGGACGGUCUGGACUGAAAGGUUAAUGGUGAUGCUGAGUAAAUAAAUCAUUGUUUCUUUAUCACACCCUCUAUAGGGCAGGGUUUGAGCCACAGGGACACCUGGAGGCACAGUACAAGAUGAAAAGUGUGUGUGAGUGUCAGUGUGUGUCCUAGCCUCAAGCUGUGGGCAACGAGGCAAAAACUGACAAUAUGUCUGACAAGACAGAUCGAAUCCCUUGGUGAAAAAAGAGGGACACUGUGCACAGAGAUUUAACGCCAACAGUGGGAUCCGAUGGAAGAUACAACAACAAGUGUGUUUGGAAGACGAGCCAACAUGUCCCGCCCUCUCACCAGCCUCUUAGAGAGGAAGGGGACACACAGAAAACCCCUUUCUUUCUGAGAUUACGCACACACACACACACACAUACACACACACAUAUUUCAGCUAAACACACCCGCCCUCUCCAGAACUCUCCUCUUGCACUAUGAUUUCUACAGUCAACCCGUAUGUUGUCUGAGCCUCCAAACUGCACUGCCAGCAUGGCUUAAAGAGUAGUAAACUACACUAGAGUAAUCCUCGACUUGAAUGGAAAUGACUAUCUUUGUAAUAGUUUAGACUGGGUGGCAAACAGCUGGUCAGGACGCAGGUCUGAGAAGCGUAUCAGCUCCUGCCUGCAGAUGUACAAACACUCGAACACACACACACACACUGUGUCUGGGGGGGGGGGGGGGGAAACUACCGACUGUUUGUUAUCGUUGAUGUCAGUUAAUUGAACAUUCCAAAAAGUGGACCAAACAUGGCCGCCGGUAAAAGCCUAUCAGGACGAGAGUGUGUGUUCUAGUGUUUCUAGAUCUAGAGACACACAGUAUAGCAUCCUUGCUUCCUCUCUUAGCUAGCCUUCAGGUCAUACUGCAUGCUUCCUACUGCCCUGUGUUACAGUUAAGCUCCUAUACAGGGUCAUAUAUGCACACACACACAAACACACAUAUAUAUGAACAAACACACAUAUAUAUGCACAUACACACACAUGCACAUACGCAGUAGUCUAGGAUAGUAGUUUAGGGUGGGUGUGUGUGUCGAAGCUAUGAGAUAGCUUCUCUUUGUGCACUUUGUAGAUUUUAUACCCUGCCACCUAACACAGACGUUUGACCAAAAACACUUUUAUACUGAAAAAUAUGAAUAUUCUCAACCAUUCGCUGGAUAGAUGUUUUCCUUUCUCUCUUAUUUCUCUUUGACAUUGGGUUUUAGGGCACCGUUAAGUUUCCAUUGUGAGGUCAGAAGUUUUACCGUGUUAGAUAAAUGGGUACAGCAUCAUACAGUAUACACAACAACAACUUUUAAUCUUUCUAUUCUUUUUUAAAAACUUUUACAGUGCUCAUCUUCUCCCUCCUUCCUUCAACAGCUUUCUGUUUAUUCUCUUAUUUACUCCUUUGUCUUUUUUCUCCUUCCCUGCUUCCUUCUAUUAUAGAGUAUAUUGAGUAUGAGAAGAAUAAGAGUUCAGUCGUGGUGUUUAAAACUCAACAUAUUGUUGGAAAUCACUUUAAAUCGGUCGUCGUAAGAUUUCCGCAAAUUCCACACCGGCUCUCGUAGGAUACAGUACUUUUUUCAAAUAAGUUUUUAUGUAGAACGAAAGAACUCGAGGCCCGUUUUAAUGUUUCCGUAGUGAUUUUAGAUGCUGAGUGCAUUGCUGUUGCUGAUUUACUCAUCAAAUGAAUACUCCUGGACGAGCGUCAGAGUAGCUGGUACUUGUGUGGCUCUCUGUUGGCGAGAACACAGCGCUGUGUUUCAGCAGAGAGUCACAUGGCAAAGCAGAGAGUUUGCAAAGUGACUCGUUACAGAGGCAACACUCACUCACACACAUACGCACACAUAUGCACACACUCGACGAACUGGCAACGUGUGUAUGAGUGUUCUAGAAAUCCAUAAUCUACUGAGUAAGGGCAUUGAUUUUUGAGCACAAGGAUUUUGAUGGAAAAAAGACUUGAUAUCCCAUUAGCUGAGCGUCUGUCUAUUAUCUAGCUGCUCUCUCUCUCUUCCUCUCUCUCUCUCUCUCUCUCUCUCUCUCUCUCACACACAUGCACUCACACACAUAUAUAUAUAUAUAUUGGCUGUGAAGAAUGCAAGACAGUUUGAACAAAAAAACGCACCUUUUAAACGGUGAACGCUGCCCCUAUUUUUGGUAAUCUUAACAGGUUUGGUGUGUGAGUUAUAUGCACAAUAUCAGGUUGCAAUAUUAUACUUCUGUACAGAGAAAUCUUUGUUUUAAAUGUUAGAAACUGAUUUCAUUUGUUUGAUUUGAAUGGUAUUAAGUGUUGAGUUCAUUUCAAUAACGACGUGGCUUUUAAUUCUGCUUCUUUAGGAAAAAAAAACAAAAAGGAAAAAAGACUGGCAUGUUUUUAGAUUCUUGUGUGAUUUAUUUUUCCUCUGGUGUGUUGUUGGUUGGGACCUCACUGUACAGUCCUCACUGCUGGGUUAACAGACUAGUUAACUAUCCCCGUUCAGCUCACCAGUUAACUAGCAACACGUAGCUGGGUCUCUCAUCUGAAUCACGCUCAAUGAAUAAUGAUAGUCCAGCCUGUGUGGUUAUAAUACCACAAACCCCCUCCCACCCACAUAGUUCUCUUCCACUACGAGUCUGUGCUGUUUCACCUCUGAGUGUGAGCAAGAGUGUGUGUGUGUGUGUGUGUGUGUGUGUGUGUGUGUGUGUGUUUUACACUGCGCAGGCAUUUAUAUAAGACAGAGGAUAUGUGUAUCAAGAGGUUGUUUGUGGUGGAUGUGUGUGUUUGUGCGCGUGUAUACUUUUCUGUACUCUCUUCGGUUCGUCCCACACAUAACAUUUGACCCGGCUCUUACUCAUAUAACACAAAUACAGUUUCACACACACACACACACACACACACACACACACACACACACACACACACACAUGCAAACACACACACAUGUUGCGUCUGUACUAGUGUGGUUAAGAGAACAUGUAGAAUGAGUUUUGUACGUCCUCCACCAUCACACAGAUUUUUACACCAACCUUUUUGUUUGAUUUUAUUUUAAUAUUUUUUAAUUGCAUGACGUGCUUGUGUUUCCGGUGGUACCUAUUUUGCUGCAACACCUGAGUUCUCCCUGAGUUGACCUACGGAGGCUACAUGCACUAACGUUCCCCUCCACCCUGGUUAGUGCGCCACAUCAUGACUGGAGCCCCGGAUGCUUCAACACUCCCGACUCCCGGCCUGCGAUGUCACCAAAAUGGGGCGGCUUGGUGACAGCCGCUGUCGAGGAACAUGUGGAAAACGAUCCCGGGCUCAGUACGGUUCUCAGUUUGGUCCAUGUGCACACAUAUUAUAUACAGUACUGGAUGGAGGGAGUGCGUUGGUGUGUAGUCCUCCGGGUCUCCCUGCUGUGUAUCUCACUUGUGUAUAAGUUCAGGGGUUUCUAAGCUACUAGUUGUGUUGUAAAUAAUACCUUGUCACUCAGUACCUCUGUACAAUCUGUAAAUAAGUAAAGGUUACAUUUUUCUACUUGU